AUGAUUACCUACCACAGUAGCAGAGAGCUUGUUGGCUCGUAUACAUUUAGUGGGUUUCAGACUGUGUGUGCUGCAGUACAAGAUUGUGGCGCAGGCAGCUCUUCCAGACGGCAGAUAGUUUGCAAUGCCCCGUUGUAUAAUCCUGGCCAAGUAGAAGCCUGUAAACGGAAGGCAGAACGCUGUAGCGUAGAAGUUCCCAGGAUUGUCCGAUGCAAGGAAGGCGAGACUUGUCUUCCUGGCGUAUGUAGGCAGGAUGAUCCGACAUGGAUGGUUUGCUACCGGGUCUGUUGCACAAAACCAGGCCCAACACCAUCACCAUCACCAUCAUCAAAACCGCCCCCUGUCCUCGUCUAA